AUGCGAACCUACAAACCGCAAACCACAAACUUGCAACGUGGAAGGCAUCUCGAGUCAAGACUCAAGUAUGAGUUCGAGGCUAAAGGAUGA